AUGGUAAACCAAACAGUUGUGACCGAAUUCCUCCUUCUAAGAUUCUCUGAUAUGCGAAAGCUACAGAUUUUACAUUUCAUGGUGUUUCUCUCUCUCUACUUGGCAACUCUGAUGGGAAAUUUUCUCAUCAUUGUGUCCGUGGCCCUGAUUCCUCACCUUCACACUCCCAUGUACUUUUUCCUGGCUGUUUUGUCAUCAGUAGAUGCCUGCUUCAUCUCUGCCACCGUUCCCAAAUCCAUGGUCAUUUCAUUGAUAAAUGACAAUCGGAUUUCUUUUGCAGGAUGUGUCAGCCAAGUUUACCUGGUUGUUGCAUGUGCUACUGCAGAAAUUUCCCUGCUUGCUGUCAUGGCUUAUGACCGCUAUGUAGCAAUCUGCCAUCCUCUCCAGUACACGCUGAUCAUGAACUGGAAUGCCUGUUUUGAAAUGGCAGCUGCUGCGUUGGUCUUCAGUUUAAUUAAUGGGACAAUAACAACAUUAAACACCUUUAGGCUACAGUUCUGCUCAUCCAAUCUUGUUGAACAAUAUUUCUGUGAUAUCCGUCAGUUGUUUAGGAUAUCUUGCACAGAUACCAAGUUCAAUGAGAUGUUCAAUUUUGUCUGUGUUCUUACUAUAGGGUCAGUUUGUUCUGUGUUCAUUUUGGUUUCUUACAGCUACAUCUUCUCUGCUGUGUUCAAAAUCCAGUCAGGCCAAGGGAAGUAUAAAGCUUUUUCCACCUGCAUCCCUCACCUGACAAUGUUUUCUCUGUUUGUUUUUACUGUCAUGUUUUCUUACAUGAGGCCAAAAGAGAUGUCAUCUCCAUCUAUGGACUUGUUAGCUGCCGUUUUUAUGCAGUUUUGCCACCACUCAUGA